AUGUGGCAAUUUGCAGUUAUAACCCUCAUUCUUGGCGUCUUGCUCCAUAAGACUUUGCAGAUAGGACAACGAGAUCCGCGGAUGCCACCUGGACCACCUACACUGCCAGUCCUCGGAAAUUCUCAUCAGAUCCCCGUAACAGGGCUCUACAAGCAAUUGCGAGAAUGGGCACUUCAAUACGGAUCCAUCUUCUCCUUGAAAGUUGGACCAUCCUCAAUCAUUGUCCUGUGUGACCGUGAGGCCAUUCACAAGCUUCUCGUAGAGAAAGGCAGCGUUUACUCCGAUCGACCUCCUAGUUAUGUGGGGAGAUUACUCACACACGGUGACCACCUCGCUCUCGAGCAGAUGGACACCACAUGGCGGUCUAAACGCAAGGUGAUUUCGCACAACUUUUCUCCCAAGAGGCUUGACGAGCAACACUUUCGAGUUCAAGAGGCAGAGGCCACGGUCUUAAUGACUCGCCUUCUAGACAAACCUGAGGGGUUCUUCAAUGAGAUCCGAAGAUACACUGCUUCAGUGGUAACGUCCAUCACAUACGGAUUUAGAGCACCCGAUAUGAACUCUUUCUGGGGACAUUGGACAGCAUCAAUGGAGCCCGGAGCCGCCCCUCCAGUCGAUGUCUUUACCUUCUUGCGAUACAUCCCCUCCUCAAUGGCCUUCUGGAAACGCCGCGCACUCGGCGCCGGUAAGACAAUGGAUGCUACUUGGUCCAAAGCGCGUCGACUCGUCGAAGAGCGUCGCACGCGCGGAGAGAGACGGAACUGCAUCAUUGACGGCCUUCUUGACGAGUACGAAGAGAAGGGUUGGCCCGAACAGAUAAGCCAGCAUGCCUUUACCAACCUCAUGGGGGAAAUUAUCGAGGGCGGCGCCGACACCACUGCCGCGCAACUCUUGACUCUGGUUCUCGCUUUUGCGCUGCAUCCUGAGGUUCAGAGGAAAGCACAGGUUGAAAUCGAUGAGGCUUGUGGAAGUGGUCGGUCUCCUCGCUGGGAUGACUUCUCGAAGUUACCUUAUGUGAACUGCGUCGUUAAGGAGGGCAUGCGCUGGCGUCCGGGCAAUACUAACGAUAACGCACCUAUAGACGAUGAAUACAACGGCAUGCUAAUCCCCAAAGACUCAACAAUCUUCAUACCCACCUGGGCCCUCCAUCAUACCGAAGAGAACUACCCCGACGCAGAGCGCUUCGACCCGGACAGGUACCUCAAGCACCCCAAGCUAGCCAACGACUACGCAGGCAGCCCCGAGUGGGAGAACAGAGACCACUACAACUACGGCGCCGGCCGUCGCAUCUGUCCCGGCAUCCACCUUGCGGAGCGCAACAUGUGGCGCAUCGCCUCCAAGCUUCUUUGGGCUUUCGAGUUUGCUGAGCCUUUGGACCCUGUCACGGGUAAAGUCGUGCCUUUGGAUCCGCACGCGUAUAACCCUGGAAUCUUGCAGGCGCCUUUGGAAUUUAAUGUUCGGAUUGCACCGAGGAGUCAGGCUCAUGUUGAGACGAUCCGGCAGGAGUUCAAGGAGGCUGAGACCUUGUUGGCUCAGUAUGACUGA